CUGCCCCUCCCAGCUCCUCACCUCACACCUGCCACCAUGCUGUGCACCGCCUCCGCUCGCCUGGUCACCGCCCCCCUGGGCAGGACCUCUGCCGUCUCCCGCCGCUCCGUGCGCAGGGCUGGCCUCAGGACCGUGGCCGUGGCCUUCCCCACCGACAGCGAGGAGGUCAAGGACCUGCUCAAGGGCAAGACCACUGAGCUGCAGGACAAGGCCACCGAGGUGGUGGAGUGGGCACAGGCCAAGUGGGAGGAGAGCGACAACAAGCCUGGCCUCGUGGCCACUGGCGGCGCCGCCUUCUUCGGCCUCUACCUCAUCUCCGGCCUGGUCAACACUGUUGACCGCCUGCCGCUGAUCCACACCGGCUUCGAGCUGCUGGGCCUGUCCGUCACCGCCUGGUUCGCCUACAGGUGGUUCUUCGUGGCUGGCGAGAAGGAGGCCAUCACCAGCAAGGUGACCUCCAUCACCAAGGACAUUGGCCUGGACCUGUGAGUUGAGCUGCCGCAAAACUCAAAAGAAUUGAAUCGAUGAAUGGAUGAUCCCUUAUGUUAUUUGCCCCUCAGCUUCAUCUCUGUUAGCGGGGUGGGACGCCACGGCUGUACUUGCGUGCCACCCUCCCUUGUGUACCUGCCAUAGCGCCGUCAUCUGUUUCUCCAGUUAACAUUGCUGCUGUUGUAUGUCGUGCUUCCCACUUCCUUUGUUUCAUGCAAUUGCCACAAUUGCUUGUUCGAUAUUCGCCUUGAGGGGACAGCCCGCGUGUGGCUGCCCCGCGACGCGUUUAAUAGUAGUUUAGGCU